UAGGUCAUAUCCGGUUCCUUUAAGGUUUUGUGACUCACAGUGACGUUGGUAUUUCAUAUUUUAGUGACGGUCUUUAAACACAGAAAUAGAAAAAAAAUGUUUUCUUUGUCAACGGCCGUGCAGACACAGGUAACUGUACCCAUUAGUCAUCUUAUCAAUGUCCUCCACUCUGUGAAGAGCUCUGUGGCAAGCAGCAGUAAUGUCACUUUCACAUCAAGGCAACACAAGGAUCACGCCUCAGACUCUGCACAGGCCUGCACAGAGCCCACACUCAAUCUGAGGGAGUUUGGAUUAUCAGACCUUGGUGCAGAGCAGCUUGAUAAACUGGUAAACUGUAUGUUGCCAUGCCUUAGCCCUCAGGAGAUGCAGCUUCCUUUCACUUUGGAUUGUCACACAUCUUGGAGGACUUCACAUAUAUCCUCACAGUCCUUUUUCUACAACAAGCAUGGUUUCUCUAGUGGUCACAUGUCUAUGUUGCCCUCUAUUUUUUGUCGACAGCACUGUUCAACUCUUCAGUCUGUCGCUGCAGAACUGCAACACUGGCCAGUUAAAGUAUGGAUCCAGAGUAGAGGCUUUAAAACUUUAAGGAGCAAAACCAGGCGUCUGCAGUCAAGUGUUGACCACUCUGUGGAAUCAGAAGGUCUUGCACCAUCUUUUAUGAAGGGUUUCUUAUCACGAGACAAGGGAUUUGAAGAAGAGAGUCUUGACACUUUGGUGAAGAACAAGAACAUUGCUGAAGGAGAGAAGGAUGCUUUCAAAAAGGGCUUUGCUGAGGGUUUCUUAAAAGCUCAAAUCCUAACACAACGCACACAAGACUCGCUGCGGAGGACUCGUCUAACCCUGUUGGUGCUGCUUCUUGUGGGGCUUUAUGGUCUCUCCAAGUUGCCAUUCUUAUCGGUACGGUUCCGAACCACAUCAGGCCUAUCCUCGGCAAUGGACCCUGUCCAGAUGAAAAAUGUGACCUUUGAGCAUGUCAAAGGUGUAGAAGAAGCUAAGAAUGAGCUGCAGGAAGUCGUAGAGUUUCUGAAGAACCCACAGAAGUUCACGGCUUUGGGAGGAAAAUUGCCAAAAGGUGUUCUGCUGGUUGGACCUCCAGGGACAGGUAAGACUCUCUUAGCGAGAGCUGUGGCAGGCGAAGCUGAUGUACCGUUCUACUACGCCUCUGGAUCAGAGUUUGACGAGAUGUUUGUUGGCGUGGGUGCGAGUCGUAUAAGGAACCUUUUUAAGGAGGCAAAAGCCAAUGCUCCUUGUGUCAUCUUCAUUGAUGAACUCGACAGCGUGGGUGGAAAAAGGAUAGAGUCUCCCAUGCACCCUUAUUCCAGACAAACUAUCAACCAACUACUUGCUGAGAUGGACGGGUUUAAACCAAAUGAAGGUGUCAUCAUCAUUGGAGCAACCAACUUCCCAGAGGCUUUGGAUAAUGCCUUGGUCCGUCCAGGACGUUUUGACACUCAAGUGACUGUCCCCAAACCAGAUGUGAAAGGACGCACAGAGAUCCUCAACUGGUACCUGAGCAAGAUUAAAAUUGAUCCAGAAAUUGAGGCCAGUGUUAUUGCCCGGGGUACUGUGGGUUUCUCUGGUGCUGACUUGGAAAAUUUGGUAAACCAGGCAGCCCUGAAGGCAGCUGUUGAUGGUAAAUACAUGGUUAGCAUGAAGGAGCUGGAGUAUGCUAAGGACAAAAUCCUAAUGGGCCCCGAGAGACGGAGUGCAGAAAUAGACCAGAAGAAUAAAGUUAUCACAGCGUACCAUGAAUCAGGCCAUGCAAUUGUGGCUUACUACACCAAAGACGCCAUGCCUAUCAACAAGGCUACUAUUAUGCCCAGAGGCCCCAGUCUGGGACAUGUGUCCAUGCUGCCAGAAAAUGAUCGUUGGAGUGAGACUCGCGCUCAGCUACUGGCCCAGAUGGAUGUCACUAUGGGAGGCCGCGUAGCAGAAGAGCUUAUAUUUGGCAGCGAGUUCAUCACAACUGGAGCAUCGAGUGACUUUGACAGUGCCACAAAAAUUGCAAAAAUGAUGGUGACCAGAUUUGGAAUGUGUGAAAAUCUGGGUGUGAUGACCUACACUGACAUGACAGAACAGAGUCCAGAGACUCAGGCUGCUGUGGAGAAUGAAAUCAGGGCAUUACUGAAGGAAUCUUACAAGCGUGCUAGAGUCCUCCUGAAGUCUCAUGCCAAAGAGCACAAGAACCUGGCAGAAGCACUACUCAUGUACGAGACCCUGGAUGCCAAAGAAAUCCAGCUGGUCCUUGAGGGCAAGACCCUGGAGACCAGAUGAGACCAAGCAAGGAUGUCGACAAUCAAGGAUGAAUGCCACGUGAGCUGUGGAAAAUCUUGUGAAGUUACAGAAAGAUGGAUGGACUAAGAUUAUAAUUGCUGUACUUUCCAAAGUGCUCAUCAAAUCAAAAUUAAUUUUGUGUUGUAUUGGAGUCUUGUAGAAUUUUCUUUUCAACAGCUGACAACUAGAGUAAAGAGAAUAGACACUAGUCUUUAUGUGUGACUUUGACAUUUUCAUCGUAUGUGAUGGAUGCUUCAUAUAAAUAUGUUACUCAGGUUACGUCAUCAUCUGGAGAGUCUGUAAUACAUGAAUGUAAAUCUGAAAUUGUUUUUCAAGCAACAUCUGGAUAUGUUUGUUUAUUUUUGUGGUCAUACACAAAUAAGUUGUAACACUGAAGUUUUCAAUUCAGCCAGAUGUAUGCAAGCUUCAUUGGGAAAUAGUGAGCAGCUUGUGCUAAUUACCCAAAGAAUGCCAUAGUUUCCAUUAGUUUUCCAGUGUUUGUGCUCAUCUCUCUUACUGCCCAGUUUGGCCAAAGGUGCAGCAGGUGGUCCAUACGAUGUCAAGUCAUGAAGACGUUCAUGUCUGGUGAAUCGAAGAAAUAUACAUUCUUCUCUUUCUUGUUUUUAAAGAUAGCCUUUUGAGGGAUAAAUUGUUAGUGUAAAUGUUGCCUUUGAAAUUUAAAUUCUACAAGGUUGAACUAAAUCUGAGCACUUUUGAUAAGUACAAGUAAAAAAAAAUAAAAAUGCUCAUUGUGUAUAUAAUCUACGCUGUAUUUACAACUGCUGCUUAGCCUCAAAAAGCUGGUGUUUUGUCACCAUGUGAUAAAACAGUUUAUUUAAAUGGCCCAAGUUUCUUAUGAAAUACACUUUUGUCAUUGCAACUGAAUAAAAAAACAAAAAUCUAUAAAUCUUUGUUUAAAUUUCCAUUUAUGUUAGCGAGUGUCCUAUCAUCAUUAUUUUGUGCAGAUUUGACCAUCGACCAUCGACAUCCAAAGUAACUGGUGAUUUUAAAGUGCUUCAGGGUGGGAUGGUGUUUUAGUGGUUAGCAGUGUUGCCUUAUAGCGAGAAUGUCCUGGAAUCUCUUCUCGCCUGGUUUUUGUCUGGAGUUUGUAUGUUCUCCAUAUGUUUGUGUGGGUUCCCUCCGGGUGCUCCAGUUUCCUCCCCCUUACAUGCAGGUGAGGUGAACUGGAAAAUUAAAUGGACUGUAGGUGUGAAUGUGUUUGUCUGUGGCCCUGUGAUGGAGUGGUGUAAUAUUUUGGGCGCAUCCCACCUCUCAUCCAAUGAGUAAGAUAGGCUCCAUUCACAACAACCCUUCCCCCUGCAAUCAUUAAUUGGAAUAAGCAGGUGCUGAAAAUGAAUGAACAUGUACUUCAUUCAUUUAAGUAAGUGAGUAUAGAAAAUGAGUGAUAAAAUACUUUAGUGCAUAUUUAUCAUUGUAAACUGGCAGGGAUACAGCUAUGUUUAACUGUUUAGUCUUUUUUUAAACAGACAUGGGGAAGGGAGUGUAGGUCGUACAUUAUUUUGUUCCUUUUAGUGCUUUUUCCUCUUCAUUGUCAAAACCUUCUGUUGAGGUUGAAACCAGCAUCAGUUUUGCUUGAAUCUGUUGUACUGUUUCAUAAAUAUGUAGUUUAGUUUGAUUUAUAUGUUUUUUGCUUUUUACCCACACUUGACUGUAUAUAUGAUUGAAAUUUUAAGAUUACAUACAGAUGUAUUAUAGUGCUUUUAUGAUAUCAAAUGGGUCUCAGCAACUGCAGUGGCAACUUUUGUGUUCCCUUAUGAAAUAAACAACCUAAAAUUAAAAGAGCU